CGUAAACAUAGACCUGUCAAACAACACAAACGCCAUCUUGACAGCACCCUCAAAAUGGCAGAAAGAUGUGCGCUGGAAACCGAGUCCAAACUAAGAUUCCCGUACUCUGCUAUUUAAAACCAGACUCUCCAGUUUUUCCGUAAACGAGUGGUAAUGGGGUUGGAGCCCAGCGAGGCAGCACAGAGCCUGUAAAAUGGAUAUAACCACGGCGGUUUUCAACGCAGCCAGAGAUGGUAAGCUGAAACUUAUCCAGAAGUUGCUGAGCAACAAAACUCCUGAGGAACUGGAGGCUUUAGCCGAAGAAAAGACCCAGGGAGGAACCCCUCUGCUCAUAGCCUCCCGAUACGGACACCUGGAGGUCGUAGAUUACCUCCUUCAACACUGUAAAGCAAAUGUUGAACUCGGGGGUUCGGUUAACUUUGACGGAGAGACCAUCGAGGGGGCUCCGCCGUUGUGGGCGGCUUCGGCGGCCGGUCACCUCCCGGUGGUCAAGACGCUACUGAAACACGGUGCCUCAGUGAACAAUGCAACACUAACUAACUCAACGCCGCUCCGAGCUGCCUGCUUCGACGGUCACCUGGAGAUCGUCCGCUACCUGGUGGAGCACAGAGCCGACAUGGAGGUCGCCAACCGCCACGGCCACACCUGCCUCAUGAUCUCCUGCUACAAGGGCCACAAGGAGAUAGCCAAGUUUCUCCUGGACCGUGGUGCUGAUGUUAACCGGAAAAGCGUGAAGGGAAACACCGCCCUUCACGACUGUGCUGAGUCGGGGAGUCUGGACAUCAUGAAGAUGCUGCUGAAGUGCAACGCCCGCAUGGAGAGAGAUGGCUAUGGGAUGACCCCGCUGCUGGCUGCAAGUGUAACAGGUCACACCAACAUAGUGGAGUAUCUGGCCCACCAGCCUCGCACCUCCAGGGAGGAACGCAUAGAUGCACUUGAGCUCCUUGGGGCUACUUUUGUGGACAAAAAACGCGAUCUGUUGGGCGCGAUGAGGUACUGGAGAAGGGCCAUGGAGCUGAGGCAGCCAGGGGACAAAGCUGGAUCCCUGGCCAAACCUCCACCCGGUCCUCCAAUCCCCGCCUACGGCUGUGCACAGGAGGUGAGCACUGCAGAGGAACUUGAAGCUUUGAUCACAGACCCUGAUGAGAUGAGGAUGCAAGCCUUGUUGGUUCGUGAGCGCAUCCUUGGUCCGUCUCAUCCAGACACCUCUUACUACAUCCGCUAUAGGGGAGCUGUGUAUGCUGACUCAGGCAACUUUGAACGCUGCAUCAGUCUGUGGAAAUAUGCUUUGGACAUGCAGCAAAGCAACUUGGACCCUCUCAGUCCCAUGACGGCUUCCAGUUUCCUGUCCUUUGCAGAGCUCUUCUCUUUUGUUCUUCAAGACCGGGCCAAAGGCACCCUGUCAACACGCGUCACCUUCCACGAUCUGAUGACUGUUCUGGGGAAAAGUGUGAGGGAGGUAGAGAGAGCAGUGGCACAAAGGGACAAUCCUCCAGAAGCUCCUCAGUUCACCAAAGCUCUCUCCAUCAUCCUCCACCUCAUCUUUCUAUUGGAGAAGCUUGAGUGCAGCCCAGAACAAGAGCACCAAAAGAAGCACACAGUGUACCGUUUGCUCAAGCUGAACCCCCGAGGUCGGACUGGCUUCACUCCCCUCCACAUGGCUGUAGACAAAGAAACCACAUCUGUAGGCCGCUACCCCGUGGGCCGCUUCCCCUCCCAGGCGGUGGCAGCGCUGCUCCUGGAGUGUGGCGCGGAUGUCGAUUCACGUGACAGUGAGAACAACACGCCGCUGCACAUCGCUGCUAGCAACGGCUGUCCAGAGAUUAUGGCACUUCUUAUGAAGGCGGGGGCUCAUUUUGAUGCUACGAAUGCACAGAGGAAGACGGCCUAUGAGCUGUUGGAUGAGCACAGCAGCGGACACCCGGCCCUCUACCCGCUGAACUACGUCACCCUUCAGUGCCUGGCAGCACGUGCAAUUGAAAGGCACAGACUGCCCUACAGAGGACUGAUCUCUGAGGAGAUGGAGGCUUUCAUUGAACUGCACUGACUUCCACUGCUGUUCCCCUGAAGAGGCACCACUGCACUACUCUUCCACAUCUUCCCCAAACUUUACUAUGACCUGCCACGAACAUUUUGUCUUCGCCAUUCUCCUCAUCUUUGUCUCCUCUUGACUUCUGCGCCACUCCUGGCUGUACCAGCCUUGUGUCAGACCAAACCAUAGCAAUAAACGUCCAGCCUCUGGGCUUAAGUCUCUGGCUGAGAUCUGGUCAGUUAUCGCUUUACUCAAACAAUAAGUCACAUGGAUUUUUAAAGUGGUUGUUGGUUUCUGUUGCUAUUUAAUGCUGGGUGAAACUUCAGAUUCAUAGAGGCUUUAACGCAUUUCCUCCCACUAAGAAGGAGUUACACUAUGAUGGUGGCUGUGUGGGUUUUCUGGUGGCCGAAGUGUCUGAAAGAUGGGUUUUAGUAUUAUUACUGCAAAGCAUCUGAUCAAAGUAGUCAGAUAACAUGCAUGAAAAUGAAGUGUGAAUAUGGUAGCUCAUAUGUUGUUUUGCAUAUUCAUUCAGAGAGGAAGCAUUUGAGCAAACUCAACCCCCGCGGGCAUUUUUUGCCUGGUUCGAUUUGUUCACGUAUACCAUCUGCUAUGUUCCUUUGAUGCUGGGAAGGUGUUGAAAAUACUGUGCCAAAUGUUCUGUUACAGGCUGUAAACUGGUGGCAAAAUGAAAAGCAAUUAACUUCUUAAUUAUAAGCUGAAGUAAUAACACAAAGAUGGGAUACAAAAAUCCCAGCUCCAGAAGAUCAGUGAGUCAGGUUUCAGACUGGGACACUAUUCAUCAGCCUGCAGAGCCAAUACUUGAAAGACUUACAUGAGACCUGGGAGGAGUGGUGUCUCUUUGACUAAGUAAAACAAACAGCUAACAUUGUUUGUCUUAACACUCCUCCACACAGAUGUUGAAUAACCUAUGCAGAUUAUAAUACUCCAAUCAGAGGCAAACUGUUUAAAGUGAAAAUUUACUGCAUAAACAGAUUUUACAUGGUGUUAUUCUGCAGUUUCUUACCUUAGCAUGAUAAAAGGACUGGGGCUGCUUCAUUGACAAUAAAUGGGUAUCUUCUGGAUUUAUGAACUAAGAAUGUCUUCUUAAAUUUCUUCCUAUGUAUGAAUGAACAAUUUCAAUCUUUAGUCCAAAGUGAGCCUGCAUCUCUCUUCCCUGUUUAAUGACAUUAACAACUUAGAUAUUUAUUUCGGUGUCAAAGAAGCAGCUUCAGAGGUUUGGAGGGUAACGGCAGAGCCACGGUGCUGCUGUUUGUGUCCACGAGUCACAAAUGAACUCUCCAGGAUCAUGUGUCAGUUCUGUUUUGGAGUGAAUUUUCCUUUUCUCCUCAGAUGCAGCUCACAGAGAUGGAACAGAUGGCUCUGUGGCCAUCCCUGCAUCUUAGGCUUACAUUAAAUAGUCUCUCUUUUGUUUGUGUUGUUUUAUCAUGAAUGUUUUAUUUGCCUGUGCUAAGCACCACCAAGUUGAAUGCACACUGAGAGGCUCUACAAAUCGUAGACACCUUACAUUCAGGCUCUGAACAGUCGCUGCCUUUCUCUCUCUCAACUGAUUCAUUUAACUGAUGAUAACAAAAGUGUGUUGAAGAUACUUGAAUAAAAUUCAGUAUCGCAACAGAA